UCUAGCGUAGUGGGAAACAGAGAAAUAUGUUAAUUCGAUUGUUUCCCUUUAUUCUAUUCUUUUUAUUUAUUUACUUAUUUAUCCAGAUACUAAUUGCCUUUUGGAAUAUGGUUCUUGUUUGAUUGAUACCGUGUGUUACCGUGUAAGUGUGACUAGAAUUAGUUCUGAACCAGUGAAAACACUUCCAUAUCCGUUCGUUCCGCAACGAUGCAAAAGGAAGAUUUCUCGUUCGACGUGAAUAAAAUAUGUCGGUUGUGUCUGCAUGAGCUUCAGGAUGGUUCAUUUUUGGAUCUGUUCACAAUAAAUCUCCCCGUAAGUCCGCUGGUUAUGAUUAACCGGUGUACAACGAUAGAGAUCUACGAAAAAGAUGGCUUACCUUCGGGAAUGUGCAACAAUUGCUACUACCAACUGGAAACGGCAUUUGAAUUUCGCAAUCGAUGUGAAUCAUCCGAUCAGAAACUGCGCGAGUACCAUAAUAUCCCCAAUGGCGAUGGCAAAAAUGAAUUACUAUUAUCAAUGAACGAGCGAACAGAAGACCGUAGCAAAGAAGAUGAUAUUUAUGCUGCUAUGUCGGAAAUAUUUGGCCCGGAAGAGGAAGCAGAACCGUCUAUAAUUACUCCCCAAACGUUGGGCAAUUUGCUUGACGAAACUACCAAAGAACCGUCGAAAGGUUGCUCAUCCGCGAAACCACCGGUGAAGGUGAAGGUAAAGCGACAAAUCAAACGAAAAGCACAACUAGACGAGUUGCUGGAAAAGCACAAGGAAAAGCUAUGGUUGAGUACGAAGGGCAAAAUGAUACACCAACGACGAACCCAAUGGAAGCGUUUAUUGGGUGGCAAAAAGCAUGACAUUGUGCGGAAGGCUGCUGAAUUGGGAAAGCGACCAAACCACGAUGAAGCCAAUUCUUUCGAAUGUUCCGUCUGUCAGCAGCGGUUUAGUCGUUCCAGUUACCUACGGCUGCACCAACGGAUACAUAGCAAUGAGCGUAACUUUCAGUGCGAAAUCUGUAGCAAAUUGUUCCGCACGUCCAGCAAUCUUCAUGCGCACCUAAAAACACACACCGAGGAAAGGAAUUAUGUGUGUGGCGUAUGUAAACGAGCGUUUCGGACGUCGAGAGAUUUAGCAAGCCAUAGCGAAACGCACAGCGAAGAGAAAGGCUACGUGUGUCACAUUUGUAACAAAGCGUUUGUGAAGCAAUCGUAUCUGAACACACACAAAAACACUGUCCACGUGGGGCUGAAGCGUUACCGUUGCCAGGAGUGUGGAAAACAGUUUUCCAAUAGCUCCAACCUGAUAGCGCACCGGCGUAUACAUACAGGGGAGAAGCCGUACGAGUGCGGUGAGUGUGAUGCGAAGUUUAAUCAAUCGUCCGCCCUGACGCGUCACAUGCGGCAGCAACAUCGACCAAAAGUCCCGAGCCCGGAACCGGCCCCAAUGGUCGUUGCUCGCGAAAGCGAACCGGAAGAAUUGUCCAUCGAGGUGGAUGAAAAUCGCUCGCUUGAAAGUGCCGCCAGUUCGGAGCUUUCCGUAGCAACAUCGCUGAUGGAUAGUCAAUCCUUCUCGUACGGUGGAAUGCCGUACGCACAAACCUUCGUUCCACAACCUACAUCACCGCCGCCAUCCGCGCAACAUUUUAGUCACGUACCACAUCAACAUCACCAUCUACAUCAUUCACAUCUGGCGGCGGCCUCGCAGCAGCUUCAUCCUUACCACCAUCGGCAUCACCAGCAGCAACAUCACCCGCAUCAUCAUCACCCCCAUCAUCCACACGCGCAUCAACAUUCGCAACCGAUCAUGCACCAGUCGAUGGCGGUUAAUCAACCUGGGGCGAAUCUCUACUCGGCCGAAUAUCUUCCACCGUAUCAUUCGACGGCACUACCAAGCACGCAGCAAACACACUACGAGCUUGGCGGUGGGUACGAUAUGUGUUACAGCAUGUCGGCCUCGACGGUGCUGAAUCCGAGCCUGAUGAACCCGCAGCCGACGUACAUAUUCGAUCAGUGAAAGAUUUUUUAUAGGCUACUAAGACAAUUAUCGAUAUGGAUAUGUUAUUUAUAUGUGGCGACAUAAAUGUAUUUUGUUGUUUUGUCCGGUAGCUGUCGCCGAUAUCGAUCCGGUCGUCUCAAAUUCCAACCGGAUUGUUCCUCCGUAGCAAGAACUGACUGACUGGCUACGCGGUUAAAAAUAAGUCUAGUAAACCAGUCAUGACCUAGAAGCAGGUCGUUGCACCAAGAAUCUGUCCUCGACUACCAGGUAAUGAUAAUUACCCACUGUGUCAUAAAUGGAAAAAAGUUCACAAA